AUAACGUUUGCUUUCGAGUCUAGACAAUUCGAGCAACUUUACAUAUAAAAAUUCACAUUGACAACACCAGUCGAAGUGAGAGACAACAAGUAUCAACUCGCCAUUUCGCUCCGAGCUGAGACACAAACAACCAGACGAUGUUUUCAAUUGCAGCUAUUAAUGAUACAGAUGCUAAAAGCCAGUGGGAGCCUUUAGCCCCUACAAAAGAAGCCCAGGAAUUUCAUCUUUCGCAAACCUAUCACGAAGGACUUCGGAAGUUACAGUCUAAAGAAUAUGAAAAGGCUCAGGAGCUUUUAGAGGAAGUAUUGAAAGAUCCUAUUCUUUCAAGUGUUCAGGCUGAUGUUAGUGCUAGUGAUGGCCAUCUUUUACAGCUCAGAUUUCUGGCAUUAAAAAAUCUUGCUACUGUUUUCCUUCAACGAGGUUCUAAUUUUCGUGAGAAUGCUCUUAAAUGCUAUCUCCAAGCAGUGGAGAUUGAUUCCAAAGAUUCUGUUGUCUGGAACCAGCUGGGCACAUUGUCAUGCUCAAUGGGCUUACUGAGCAUCUCGCGCUGGGCAUUUGAGCAAGGGCUUGUUUGUAGUCCAAACAACUGGAAUUGCAUGGAAAAAUUGAUGGAAGUUCUUAUUGCUAUUGGCGAUGAAGUUGCCUGCCUUUCUGUUGCAGAGUUAAUUUUAAGACACUGGCCUUCCCAUUCACGGGCUUUGCAUGUGAAAAAUACCAUUGAAGAUCCAGAUCCAAUACCAUUUGCUCCAAAAGGUAUCGAUAAGCUGGAACCCAAACAUGUCCGACUAAAAUUCCAGGAAAAGAGAAAGGCAACAGAUGAUGACGAAGCAGAGGGUGUUGCUGCAAAGAAAUUGAAUCAGAAUCUAGAUGUCCACCUUGCAGAAGCUACCUGGAUAGCCCUGGUUGAUGCCCUACUUAACAUACUACUCCCAUCGAGUGUAUCUGGUUCUAAAGUAGCGAUUGAAGGUUCAUGCAGAGAUGGAAAUACUAGAUUUAAUAUACAUCUGCCUCAAAACUCAGAAAAUGCGAUCAGCUUCGAGGAAGGGAGAGGACCUGCUGUCACCCCAAAUAAGGUGAAUAUAUCGGCUGCUGAUAGUAAUCCAGAGAGGGGCCAUUUUAGGGUGAAAGAACCAAAUGCAUUUGAAGAACAACCUCAAGAAAGGCGCAGCACUCGUCUUGAAAGGCUUAGGAGUCGUAAAUCAGAUAAGGAGGAGUUAGAUUUUUCGAAAGAUCUGGGAAAAGUUGUGAUUCAGUCUCUCGAACCUUUUGUUGUGGGUGGAUCAGUGUGUAAGAAUUUCAUUGGAGAUAAAAGCACUGAAGUUGUGACCAAUUCGUACAGUACUGAAGCUGAUGAGGUUGCCAGAUUUGCCGAAAAAGUUUCAAAAAAUUAUUCUGCUUAUUAUGCGGGCCACUUGCUUUUAGAAGAGGUUUCCUCUAAAGGCAUUCUCUAUCAGGAGGCUUUUAAUAAAUUUCUUGAGUUGGAGAAACUGACAAGGCACAUAGGACUAAAGAGGACUCCUGAGUGCAGUCUUUUUCUAUCAGAGCUGUAUUUUGAUUUUGGAUGUCGGUCAUCGGACUCGUCUGUGCAGCUUGACUUAAUGACGGAUGCAAAUCAUCUUGUUUGUGAUGUCAUCGCGUCCCUACUUAAGAAUUAUCCAAUUCCUAUGGGUGGUGUAUCUAAGGACAAAAUUUCAGAAGAUAAUUCUGAAAUUAGCAUUGAUUUUACUUCUUUACUAAGUGAUAAUCCUUCUUUCUGGGUUCGGUUUUACUGGAUAAGUGGUCAUUUAUCAGUGCUGGAUGGCAACAAGGCAAGAGCUCGGAAAGAAUUUGGCACUUGUUUCUCACUUCUGGCUGAUGAGAACGGUGUGAGCAAUCCUGGUGCAUCAGUGCAGGUGCCACAUAGCAAAGUUAUACAAUUAUUGACUGCUGAUAAGGUUCUCCACGAGAUCACCAUCCUGGAGGUAGAUUUCUUGUUGAAGCCUGUAGAAGAUAUGCUAAAAAAAGAGAUGUAUUCUGAGUGUGUCCUUUUGCUGGCUCCCCUUCUGUUUUGUACCGAAGAUGUCCAUAUUGGAGUGUCAUGUGUGAUCAAUAAAGAAUUUGAUGGGAUCUCAGUUAUAUUAGCUGCAUUGGAUCUUCUUAGUAAAGCUUGUGAAAUGGUGAGGCCAAUGGAUGUCGAGGUUAAAUUAAAGUGUCACUGUCGGAAGUUGCAAAUACUGAUGGUUAAAGCUGGUAUCUCGGUACAUCCUGCCUUGAAAAGCUCAGGUUUUAAGAUGUCGGAAUUCAACUCAAUCACCCUUCCAGAGGAGUUGAAAGACUCAACUGAGCAAUGGAAUCACUUGCUUGUGGAAGAAGUGAAAGCGAUCUCUCGAGAUGUCUCAAGCAUAAAGACCUUCACCAAUCCUUGUGGAAAUUCUCAACCACCAAAUGUCAUUGUUGCGUUGGGAAUCGUUGGGGAAAUUCAAUUAUCAUUGCUAGCUCUCAUGUGCAGCAAUUUGAACAUGAAUGUUUCUAGAAGGUCUUCUGGGGUUUCUGUUUCCGAGGAAAGCGAACACUGGCAGAAAGGCUACUUCGUUGAUGCAGCAACCGCAUUCUUUAAACUUCAACACCUGACCCCCAGUGUCCCUAUAAAGUCACAGAUUGAACUGAUUGUCGCAAUCCACGAAUUGCUUGCUGAGUAUGGUCUCUGCUGUGCGGGUGGAGACGGUGAAGAGGAAGAAGGAACAUUUCUCAAACUUGCGAUAAAACAUUUAUUGGCCUUGGAUAUGAAACUAAAAUCAAAUUCAAACUCAUCUAGCAAGGGAAUGGAAGUUACCCAAGCUGAUGAGCAACUUUCACUAGAUGGUCAUGCCAAAAGAUCUCAAUAUGUAACAAAUUUGGAUUCAUCUUUGGUGCUGGACCAUACUGGGAUAAAAGAAACAAGCAAUUUUGAAAAGGAGACUGUUAGGUGGAUGACGUCAAAUGGAAUCCAAUCUCAUAAAGAUCUAGAUAAAGAGAAUAAAGAUGUAGUGUGUGGCAACUAUUCUAGUGACGGGCUUGAUGUUGUGGUUCACAAAUCGGACAAUGUUAACAGCCAAUAUGCUGAAUGUACUGAUGAAUUAACUGAGGAUGAAAGGGACGAACUUGAGUUGGGUAUUGACAAUGCUCUGGAUCAGUGUUUCUUAUGUUUGUACGGCUUGCAUCUCAGAUCUGAUUCAUCGUAUGAAGAUGAUUUAGUCAUGCACAAAAAUACAAAUCGCGGUGACUAUCAGACGAAGGAACAGUGUGCUGAUGUUUUUAGAUAUAUACUGCCCUAUGCAAAGGCUUCAUCUAAAUCUGGCCUAGUGAAACUGCGGAGAGUAUUAAGAGCUAUUCGAAAGCACUUCCCACAACCACCUGAAAACAUAUCAACUCAAAAUGCGAUAGACAAAUUUUUAGAUGAUCCUGGUUUAUGUGAAGAUAAACUUUCAGAGGAGGCUGGAUCCGAAGGUUUUCUUAAUUCCAUCAUGCAAGUAAUAUUUCCUAAUGAUGGAAGUCUCAAGCAGCAGACAACUUCAUUGAUAGGAAGCUCUGAGCCAUAUUUGGAGGUGUACAACAACUUAUAUUAUGUACUUGCUCUUUCCGAGGAAAUGAGUGCUACUGAUAAGUGGCCUGGAUUUGUACUCACAAAGGAAGGCGAAGAAUUUGUGGAGCAAAAUGCAAACCUUUUUAAAUAUGAUUUGUUAUAUAACCCACUUCGUUUUGAGAGUUGGCAAGGUCUAGCAAAUAUAUAUGACGAGGAGGUCGAUUUGUUGCUAAAUGAUGGUAGUAAACAGAUAAAUGCUGCAGCAUGGAAGAAGAAUACUACAUUAUCAACUAGAGUCGAGACAAGUCGGAGGAGGAGUAGGCGGUGCUUGUUAAUGACAUUGGCUCUAGCAAGAACAGCUGUUCAGCAGGGUGAGAUACAUGAGCUACUGGCAUUGGUCUAUUAUGAUGCCAUUCAAAAUGUGGUCCCAAUUUAUGAUCAAAGAUUAGUUAUGCCCUCAAAAGAUGCAACAUGGCUUAGGUUUUGCCAGAGUUCAAUGAGACAUUUUAAGAAGGCUUUUUCACACAAGGAAGAUUGGUCCCUUGUUUUUUAUCUUGGAAAGCUGUGUGAAAAGCUUGAAUACUCUCAUGAAAUGUCAUUUUCAUUUUAUGACAAGGCUAUUUCACUGAAUCAGACUGCUGUAGAUCCUUUCUACAGACUGCAUGCUUCACGCUUGAAGUUACUAUAUACAUGCGGGAAACAAGAUAAGGAGGCUCUAAAGGCUGUUUCUGCAUAUUCUUUUAAUCACGAGACAAAAGUGGCCACCAUGGCUAUCUUUGGAGACAUGGAACCUGAAACAUCAAUAUUGGCAACUGCUGGUGAGGAGGGAAGCAGGGAAUCUAAUAUUAACAAUAUAAAGCGAGUUAGUUCCCAACAGUUGGAGGGUGUAUGGCAUAUGCUUUAUAAUGAUUGCCUUUCUGCCCUUGAGAUUUGUGUAGAAGGGGAUCUCAAACAUUUUCACAAGGCCAGAUACAUGCUUGCUCAGGGGUUUUACAGACGGGGUGACAAAGGAGAUCUAGAAAAAGCAAGGGAUGAACUUUCUUUUUGCUUUAAAUCUUCUCGGUCUUCCUUUACAUAUAAUAUGUGGGAGAUAGAUGGUAUGGUAAAAAAAGGAAGGCGCAAGACUCCAGGUGUUUCUGGAAACAAAAGAGCCCUUGAAGUUAACUUGCCAGAAAGUUCUCGUAAAUUUAUUACUUCCAUUAGGAAAUACAUAUUGUUUUACUUGAAACUUCUGGAAGAGACAGGGGACACCUCAACUUUAGAGCGAGCUUAUAUCUCUAUACGGGCAGAUAAGAGGUUUUCUUUGUGCUUGGAAGAUCUUGUUCCAGUAGCUGUCGGGAGAUAUGCCAAAUCUCUAACUUCAUCAAUUUAUAAAACCGAAAGUGCCCGUGGUGCUGAACAAACCCCAAAUGGAAAUUUGUUAGAAAAGAUAUUCUCUUUGUAUAUGGAACAGGUGAAUUUAUGGUCAGAUAUAUGCAGUUUGCCAGAGAUUAAGUGCCCUGAAUUAUCAGAAAGCAGUUUAUAUGGGUAUCUCUACCAGUAUAUCCAGACAUUAGAGAGAUAUGUUAAGUCGGAAACACUAGAGGGAAUUAAUGAGAAAAUACGAAAGCGUUUGAAGAACCCAAAAUUGUCCAAUAGCAAUUUUGCUAAAGUGUAUAAACAGGUAUCAGUUGCUUGGUGUCGUUCCCUAGUAAUUCGCAUGGCCUUGAUCACGCCACUGCAUUCCAGAAUUUCGAGUGAUAUCCAAGUCUCUAAUCUGUUGAAUGGUGCUUCCGAAAACACCCAACUGCUAUGUGUUGAUUUGCAAACUGAUGAAUUAUGGACAUCAUCACUCGAGGACUCGAAACAUUUAAAGACUCUCGAAAUGCAAUGGAAUCCUCUAGUCUCUAAGAUUAAGAAUGUCAUAAUCAAAAAAGCUUCUGACGAAGAUUUGGAGACUGCAACCACACUGCUUAGAUCAUGUUACAACUUUUACAAAGAUACUUCUUGUGCUAUGCUUCCAUCAGGUAUAAACUUAUACACUGUGCCAUCUCAGUUAGCGUCAGAAAUGUACAUACAGCUAGGCAUUGAUGGGGUUGACAUUAUUGAUAUGAGCACUUCACGGAAGCUUAUCUUGUGGGCUUAUACGUUGUUGCACGGACACUACACAAGCAUAUCUGUUGCUAUAAAGUACUGUGAAGAACAGGCAAAGUCAAAGCUGAAAAAAGGAACUGGAAUUUCAUCUGUUGCUCCAAGUCCUAGCACAGCCACUGCCGCAAUUUGUCAUCCAGGUGGUGGGAAAGAUGGAGCUAGUAAAUGUGAUGACUCAGAAACUCCCCCAUCAACAGCCAUAUUAACGUCUCAAUCUGAAACUGAGAAUGCACAUAACUAUGGAUCUUCUUCAUCGCCCAAAUCCAAAACAACAAGCGAGGCCAGACCAUCUUUACCUGAAACUGGAAGAGCAUGUAACCCGGGCAAAACUUUAGUUAAUGAAACAGAAAGUACUCAGACUGAGGGAUCUGUUCCUGUAGUUGCUGUGAAAAAUAGUGCCGGGCAUAUGUAACUUCUGAGAGCCAUCGCACUCUGUCAGCAACUUCAGAAACAGUCAAUGCAAAAGUAGCUUGCACUGAAAGCAGCAACUUCGAUCCCAUAUAUAGAAAAUAGUGUAGACCAAUAAGUAGAACUGAUGGAUUUUUGAGCAUGCAUGUAUAGUGAUUAGUGAGAGCUGACAAGAGUAUGGAUAGAAAUUAUGAUAUUCAUUCGCAUAUUUCAUUUUCUACAGAAGAAAAAUAUUUCAGUACUUGGAUGCUUUUUUCUCUGCUUGGUUUUAAUAUUCUUAUUACUAUGUUGUGUGUA